AUGUUUUCUAAGCUAUCAAUAAGUGCUUGGAAUAUAAAUGGUUUAAAGCAUUAUACUCUUGGCGAUAAGCUAAGCAAUAAUGACUUCAUAGAUAAUAUAAAAGACCAUGAUUUGAUAUUUUUAACUGAAACAUGGUCUAAAGAAAUUAAUAGCAUUCCUGGUUUCAAGGCGAUAUCCUCACUUACGGCAACCCCUAAAUCAAACUCCAGUUGCCGUCUGUCUGGAGGAAUUUCGCUUCUAUUCAAAAAAGAGUUUGAAAAUAUAAUUUCUCUCGAAAAACGAACUAAAAAUUUCUUGUGGUGUCGAAUAGACAACACAAUCCUAGACUCUACAAAGGACUUAUUUAUUUGUGGAGUCUAUAUUCCUCCUCAAAACUCACGUUACUUUGACGAGGAAAUAUUUGAUGAUCUGGAAAAUGAUGUAGUGUAUUUCUCCAAAAAAGGAAAUGUUAUGCUGCUGGGGGACUUUAAUGCCCGUACCAGCAAACUUGAAGAUUUUGUCUCAAAAGAAGGAAAUACCUUCAUAAACGAUAUUACUGAAACCUCUUUUCAACCAAAAAUGAGGGAAAGUUUUGAUAACUAUAUUAAUAAACAUGGCAAAUGUCUGAUUGAGAUUUGCAAAAACUGCAAUCUGAGAAUCCUGAAUGGUAGAACCCUUGGUGACUCAUUUGGUAAACCAACUUCCCACAGCCAAAAAGGCUCAAGUGUGGUUGACUACAUAAUUUGUGGCCAAGAACUAACCCAAACCAUCAAAAACUUUAUUGUCAAACCACCAACGUAUCUAUCUGACCAUAGUCAACUAGUGACUUGGAUUAAAAGAGCUCCUACUCAUGUCCCUAUCAGUGAGACUACUCACACGCAACAACCUAAAACACAUAGGCUUCCACAACAAUUCGUAUGGGACAAUGACUCAAUGACUAAGUUUACAGAAAAUCUUAAAUCAUUUCAAACUCAACAAAAUCUUCAAUAUUUGAUUAAUUCCAAUCCAUCUUCUUCAAAGGAAGAUGUCAACUUGUUUGCCUCAAAAGUAGAAGAUUUAAUUAUGCAUGCUGCUAAAAAAUCCAUGAAAAUCAAAAAGAACAAAUACAGAAAUAAAGCUUCCAAUGUCUGUAAUAAAAAAUGGUUCGACAAAGAAUGUCGACUACAAAGACAUUCAGUAAGAAGACUCGCAAACCAAAAACACCGUGAUCCCGUUAACACCGAAAUAAGGGACAAAUACCAUGCCACACUUAAGAUUUAUAAAAACACUCUAAAACGCAAAAAAGAACUUUUCCAUGAAAAAAAACUAGAAGAACUGGAAAGAGUUUCUGAAAAUGACCCAAAUUCCUUCUGGAAAUUCUUAAAGAACAUGAGUGAUGACUUUGGGGACCCUUCCAUGAGCAAACCAGAUGUCUCAGCUAACAGCUGGCUCACUCAUUUCCAAUCCUUGCAUGCUAAACAUACAUUAGAAACAGAACAGAAUAACAUUUUACAAAAAUUAACAAAACUUGAAGAAAAAACACCAAAUAAUUUUCUUGAUGAACCUAUUUCUGAAGCAGAAGUUUUGAGUGCUGCAAAGACAUUAAAAAACAACAAAUCUGCUUAUUCCGACAAGAUAAAAAACGAAAUGCUGAAGCAUAGCGUCAAAAUAUUACUUAAAUUAUACCAUAAACUUUUUAACCUCGUUUUAAAAACAGGGCAUUUCCCAGAUCAAUGGUGUGAAGGCCUCAUUACGCCAAUUUUUAAGUCAGGAGAUAAAGCUGACCCCAAUAACUACAGAGGAAUUUGCGUGACUAGCUGUCUCAGUAAAUUCCUUUGUACUAUUUUAAAUCAACGGUUAAGUAAAUUUAGCAUUGAUAGAAACAUAAUUCACCCCUCUCAAAUCGGAUUCCAGUCAGGCCACAGAACAGCUGACCACAUUUUCGUCUUAAAAACAAUAAUUGAUAAACACAUAAAUCAGAAAAACGAAAAAAUCUAUGCAUGCUUUGUGGACUUUAAAAAAGCCUUUGACUCUGUUUGGCACGAAGGCCUAUUUUUAAAACUGCUUGAAAACAAAAUUGAUGGUCAUUUCUACAACCUUAUUAAAAGUCUAUAUUCAAGCUCUAAAUGCGCCGUAAAAGAAAGUAAAAUAAAUCGAACUGAAUUUUUCUCUUACUCUAAAGGAGUGCGUCAAGGGUGUAUUUUGAGCCCCCUUUUAUUUAAUAUCUAUAUAAACGAAUUAGCAACAUUAUUUGAUAAUACAGCUGCCGAUCCGUUUAUACUACCAAAUGGGACUAAACUGAGUUGCCUUCUAUAUGCCGACGACUUAAUUUUAUUAUCUCGAUCAAAAUUCGGCCUACAAAAAUCUCUAGACGAUCUCCAUUGUUGGAAAAAAAAAUGGCUUAUGGAGAUAAAUUUGAAGAAAACACAAAUAAUGAUAUUUGAAAAAAGAAAAACAAGAAAAGCAAGACCAAUUUUUAAUCUUGGAAAUCGGAACAUAAAAAUCGUACAGGAAUACUGUUACCUAGGAGUCAAACUAAAUCACAAUGGUAAUUUUACUCUAGCUCUAAAACAACUAAGCGAAAAAGCCUUGCAUGCUCUAUACGGUAUAAGAAGACAGCUCAAUUUCAGCCAUCUCAAUCCCAAAUAUGCCAUUAAAAUAUUUGAUUCAAUUAUAACUCCUAUCCUACUAUACAACUCGGAAGUAUGGGGGACAUACGUGAAAAAUGAUUUCAACAAUUGGGAUAAAUCACCAAUUGAGAAGGUUCAUCUUAAGUUCUGUAAAAUUUACCUCGCUAUCAGUAGGAAAGCAAGUAACAUUGCCUCCAGAGCUGAGCUUGGAAAACUCCCUCUCAUCAUUAACGUAUUCAAAAGGGUCUUCAAAUACAUCACUCACUUAAACUCGCUUCCCCAAACAACCAUUGCGAAGCAAGCUUUUCUAAUCUCGAAAGAUCUACACUCCAAGCAGAAAAUAUCUUUUUACGGAAAUGCAAUGGAUACUAUCAAAAAUUUAAAUCUAAAUGAAGAAAUCCUUAAUUUAGAAGCCGUAACGACUGAACAUAUUAAAACUAUUACCAAAACCCUUGAGGAAAAAUACUUAACAUUUUGGAAACAUAAACUUGAAAAUUCAUCCAAACUGACUUUCUACUCAACGUUCAAAACGGACCACAACCUCGAAAACUACCUAGUAUUUAUAAAAGAUCCACACAAAAGAAGAUGUCUUUCAAGACUUAGAGUCAGCAACCAUGACCUCCAAAUUGAGAUCGGGCGCUAUCAAAAUAUACCCCGUGAAGAACGCUUAUGUAAAAUCUGCAAUUCAGGAGAGGUGGAAAGUGAAACCCAUCUCCUCCUCUCUUGCAAAGCCUAUGAGCAAUCUCGUGCAAACCUUCGAAGUUCAUUAGAGAAUGCUUCAUCUGACGAGAUUAAUCUAAACUCUCAAACUCUAUCAGCGGACCUAAUGAAAUCAACUGAUAGUGAAAUCAUUACCAAACUUUCAAAAUUUGUUUAUUCAUGUUUCAAGCAAAGACUUAAAUACCUUGAAACCAGGAAUGCGGAUUAG